AUGAGCAAAGCAUUGAAGAAUUCUGAAGAAGAAGAAGAAGUUGUUAUUGGAGGAGUAGUAGCUUCUCCAUUAUGGGAUUGUGGAAGCCCUUUAUAUGAUUCAUUUGAAUUGGCAACACUUUCUCAUAUUAUUGAUAGGCAUACGGUUGUUUUGCCACAUCUUAGUGGAUCAAAGAAGGCAAUUAGCCACGGUUUUGAUGAAAGUCAUCAUCACCAUCCCCAUCACUACCAUGAUGAAGUGAAGAAGAUUUCAAUUGAAGAUUCCAAAGGUUCUUCUUCUCUCAAGUCAACAAGCUUUGGUGAAAUUUUGGACAAGAUCAUGGGGAAGAGAAAAUUUUUGUUGUCAUUGGCGAAGUCUUCAAACCCCACAACGCUCGCAGAGUGCAAACAAAUUCAUGCAAAGCUUUUAGUCACCCAAUGCAUCUCGCAGACGCAUUUGGCAAAUAACCUUUUGAGCCUUUAUUCUAAAUGUGGCCAAUUCAGCUAUACCCACCACCUGUUCGACCAAAUGCCCCACAAGAACGUUAUCACUUGGACAACCUUAAUUUCUGCAAAUCUUAGAAAUGGGUAUCUCCCAAAAGCCUUUGACAUGUUCAAUCACAUGCGUGAGGUUGGUGAGAGUCCCAAUGAGUACACGUUAUCUGCACUGCUCCGUGCUUGUGCUGAUCCUGGUUUGAGGGAUGUUGGUUUGCAGCUUCAUGGUGUGUUGGUUCGGUGUGGCCUUGAGAGGGACAAGUUUGCUGGGAGCUCUCUUAUGUAUAUGUACUUUAACGGUGACAGCGAUCUUAAAAGUGCUUGUUGUGUCUUUCAUGAAUUGUUGGAGAGGGACCUUGUUGCUUGGAAUGUCAUGGUUUCUGGAUUUGCUCAAGUUAGGGGAGUUCAUGGGCUGGUGUUUAAGUUUGGUGCCGACGUUGAUAUGGUGGUUGGCAGAACUCUGGUUGACUUGUAUGCUGAAUUUAGGGACAUAGAUUCUUGCAGGAAAAUCUGA